GUUGAGAUAACGUAGAUCAUUAAAUCUUCCAUUCCGAGAAGGUUUGAAGAUUUGGUUUUUUUUGGGAAGUUAAAAAAAAAAUUUAAAAUAAAGAAAAUAAUUAUUAUUAAUAGCUUCAAUAACAACAAAAAUUUAAGUUUUAAUAAUGGCAUCAGUUCGAUUAUUACGAUAUGUCAAUAAGCCCACAACCAAAUAUGUUUUGGACAUGCAACAACGUAAUUUCCAUGCUUCCAUGGCUGUCGCUAGCAAAGUUGCAAUGUCAAAAUUCGACAAAGAUGCUAUGUUACCAUAUGAUAAGUUAACUCAGGUCUUAGAAGUUGUCCGCAAGCGUUUAAAUCGCCCACUUACCUUAUCAGAGAAAAUCUUGUAUUCACAUUUGGAUGAACCUGAUAAGCAAGACAUCACUCGUGGUACUUCAUAUUUACGUUUAAGACCUGAUCGUGUAGCUAUGCAAGAUGCAACUGCUCAGAUGGCUCUCUUGCAAUUUAUUUCAUCUGGACUUCCUCGAGUUGCUGUUCCAUCAACUGUUCACUGUGAUCACUUAAUUGAAGCUCAAGUUGGCGGAGAAAAAGAUUUAGCUCGUGCUAAAGAUAUUAAUUCUGAAGUAUACGAAUUCUUAGCAUCAGCAUGCGCUAAAUAUGGUUUAGGAUUCUGGAAACCUGGAAGUGGUAUCAUCCAUCAAAUUAUUUUGGAAAAUUAUGCUUUCCCAGGCUUAUUGAUGAUUGGUACUGAUUCACACACCCCAAAUGGUGGUGGUCUAGGUUGUUUAUGUAUCGGUGUUGGUGGUGCUGAUGCCGUUGAUGUAAUGGCAAAUAUACCAUGGGAAUUAAAAUGCCCAAAAGUCAUCGGUGUACAUUUGACUGGUAAAAUCAGUGGUUGGACUUCACCGAAAGAUGUCAUUUUGAAAGUAGCAGACAUCUUAACAGUUAAAGGUGGUACUGGAGCUAUUAUAGAAUAUCAUGGCAAGGGUGUCGAUUCAAUCUCUUGCACCGGUAUGGCUACUAUUUGUAAUAUGGGUGCUGAAAUUGGUGCUACGACAUCGACUUUCCCUUACAAUUCAAGAAUGGAAUCAUUUUUGAAGUCAACUAAACGUGGUGACAUAGCCGCUGAAGCUAUGAAGUUCAAAGAAAAAUUAUUUACAGCCGAUAAAGGUUGCGAAUACGAUCAAUUAAUUGAAAUCAACUUAGAUACAUUGGAGCCUCACGUAAACGGUCCAUUUACACCAGAUUUAGCUCAUCCUAUUAGCAAAUUAGGUGAAAAUGCUAAGAAAAAUGGUUAUCCAAUGGAUAUAAGAGUCGGUCUAAUUGGUUCAUGUACAAAUUCAUCUUAUGAAGAUAUGGGCCGCAGCGCUAAUAUUGCCAAAGAAGCUUUAAGCCAUGGACUUAAAGCAAAAAUUCCAUUUAAUGUUACUCCUGGUUCUGAACAAGUUCGUGCAACAAUUACUCGUGAUGGUUAUGCCGAUAUUUUGACCAAAUUCGGAGGUACUGUACUCGCAAAUGCCUGUGGUCCAUGCAUUGGUCAAUGGGACAGAAAGGACGUUAAAAAAGGUGAAAAGAAUACCAUUGUCACAUCUUACAACAGAAAUUUCACUGGACGUAACGAUGCAAAUCCCGCAACCCAUUGUUUCGUAACUAGCCCCGAAUUGACAACAGCCUUAUCCAUUGUCGGUCGUCUUGACUUCAAUCCAUUGACUGAUGAAUUGACAGGAUCUGAUGGCAAAAAAUUCAAAUUAACACCACCCUUUGGUGAUGAACUACCAUCUAAAGGAUUUGAUCCUGGAAUGGACACCUAUGAAGCUCCACCAUCUGAUGGUAGCAAACUGAAAGUAAAUGUUGACCCUAAAAGUCAACGUUUACAACUUCUUGAACCAUUUGAUGUUUGGGAUGGUAAAGAUUUAACUGAUAUGACCAUUCUCAUUAAGGUAAAAGGAAAAUGCACUACUGAUCACAUUUCUGCAGCUGGACCAUGGUUGAAAUAUCGUGGACAUUUAGAUAAUAUUUCAAAUAAUAUGUUUAUAACAGCAACGAAUGCUGAAAAUGGUGAACUAAACAAAAUUAAAAAUCAAGACACAGGUUCCUGGGGGGCUGUACCGGAAGUAGCACGUCAUUAUAAGGCAAAAGGAAUUAAAUGGGUAGCUGUUGGUGAUGAAAAUUACGGUGAAGGCUCAUCCCGUGAGCAUGCCGCUUUGGAACCACGUCAUUUAGGAGGCCGCGCUAUUAUUACCAAAUCGUUUGCUCGUAUUCAUGAAACUAACCUCAAAAAACAAGGCUUGUUACCUUUAACUUUUGCUAAUCCUGCAGAUUAUGAUAAGAUUCAACCAACUGAUAAAAUUUCAUUGUUAAACUUAAAGGCUUUGGCACCAGGAAAACCAGUAGACUGUGAAUUGAAACACGCUGAUGGUUCAAAAGAAACAAUUAAGUUAAAUCACACAUUAAACGACUUACAAAUUGGUUGGUUUAAAGCUGGCAGUGCACUUAAUAGAAUGAAGCAAUUAGCAAAAUAAAUUAAAAAUUCUAAUUUUAAAAAAAAUAUCUUUUGUCGAAAAAACAUCAAUUAUUUUCCUUUGAAUUGUAGAUAUAAAUGUUUUAAUACCAAAUUAGACAAUAUUUGCGUGUAAAAUAUAAAAUUUAUCGAGAAGUUUUGUAUAAAACUUUAUCAAACACGAAAAAUUAUUUUUAUUCACUUAACUAAAAUAAAUAUUGGGGAUAUUAAUACAAAUGUAUCAAAAUUGAUUACAUGAAAAAUUUUUAUAGAAUUUGGAUAUUGGAAUGUGAUUUUUCAAUAGAAUGAAUUGAAUUUUAAAUUUAUUCGAUGAAAGCAACGAUCCCUCCUAAGUUUAUUUUAGUUUUUUUUUUUAUUUUAGGCAAUAACAUUAUAAGCAAAAAGAAAUGUAAAAAACGAUACCAUAUUAUAAUUUGUUAUGAAUUUAUGAUAAUACUUUGUUCGUAUUAAAAUAAAAUAAUUAAAAACAGAAAUUUAUAUA